UUCCUCUCCGGCGAUCUGUUCCUCAGUUCGAGUGGCAGACUCACCGGGUCCAUCCUCAUUCUCGUUGUAUUCACCACCAAUAUAAUAUUGCAGAAGUGUCAACAUGAGAAAAUUAAAACUUUUUGUGUACCUGAGAGGUGUGAUCUCGUUUCAAAAUAAGCAAUGCACGAAAAAUAUCCAGUCUUUCCAUUCAGCAAGGACAGAAAUUAUGCAAUGGUCCAGGUCUCUCACUCAGGGGAGGAACUUGCUCUUCCCUUCCCCAAGAACAACAAAUCAUACCCUGAAAUUGAAGGAAAUAAAUCGUAUUCCCUUAAGCCUAGUGUGCUGGCAAGCUUUUCAGCGGAGUAGACACGAGGGUAAAGGUCACGGGAGGUCAAGAUGGAAAGCUCGAGAAGUGGGCCUCUCGCUGGGGCUGGUCACCGCCUUCUGCUGGGACAUGAACAGAGAGAAGAACAUCAAUGAACGCGAAUUCCUCCUGGCGGCGAUGGUGGGGAAUAUUUCAAGGAUGGAGGAAUACCUAAAGAAGGGUGUGGAUGUAAAUUGUCGUCACCCAUAUGGCUGGACAGCACUUCAUUCAGCAGCUGCUAAUAGUCGUCCAGAAGCUGUGAGAUUCUUACUUAAAAAUGGAGCAGAUCCAAACAUGGCAGAUACUUUUUCAAAUAUAUAUCAGGUCGCACGUGAAAACAGGACAUCACCUGUAAGUGUUGAAGCGAUAAGAGAGGGUGAAUUUUGCACAUUGUUCAACCAUAGCCGCAUGUUCCGUGGGUGUACGGCCCUUCACUAUGCUGUACUUGCCAAUGACCCAGAGACUAUUCAGAUAUUACUAGAUUCUGGUGCCAACCCAAUGCUUGAAAAUGAAUAUCGCUUCAAACCAGAAGAUUACUCAAGAGAUACUGGAAUGAGGACGAUGAUGCAGAGGCAUUCAGAAAAAUAUAUUGCUAAGCAAAAGAAGGAAGAAAUGGAAGAACGAAGGAAAUUUCCUCUAGAACAAAGAAUCAAACAGAGAAUAAUUGGCCAAGAAGGAGCCAUAGCAACGGUAGCUGGAGCUAUAAGGAGGAAAGAAAAUGGUUGGUAUGAUGAAGAACAUCCACUUGUGUUCCUCUUCCUUGGUUCUUCAGGAAUAGGUAAGACAGAGCUGGCCAAGCAGGUAGCUGAAUACCUCCAUAAGGGGAAGAAAUCAUCUUUCAUUCGUAUGGACAUGUCAGAAUACCAGCAGAAGCAUGAAGUGGCCAAGUUCAUUGGUUCACCUCCUGGGUAUGUUGGGCAUGAUGAUGGAGGGCAGCUAACCAAGAAGCUGAGAGAAUGCCCCAAUGCUGUGGUUUUGUUUGAUGAAGUAGAAAAGGCACAUCCUGAUGUUCUUACCAUUCUGCUGCAGCUAUUUGAUGAAGGCAGACUGACGGAUGGAAAAGGAAAGACUAUUGAGUGUAAGGAUGCAAUCUUUAUCAUGACAUCUAACCUUGCAAGUGAUGAGAUUGCUGAAUAUGGAAGACAGCUAAGAGAAGAAGCUGAUAAAAUUAGCAAAGCUAGAUAUGAAGGACAGCCGGAAGAUAUAGAAAUUACUGAGACUAUCACUGUAUCACGGAGGUUCAAAGAGAAGAUUGUUCGCCCUAUUUUAAAGAGUCAUUUCCAAAGAGAUGAGUUUCUAGGAAGAAUAAACGAAAUAGUUUAUUUCUUGCCAUUUUCGAGAUCAGAACUUUUGAGGCUUGUGAGGAUGGAACUUGAAAAGUGGGUCAAACAGGCUCAUGAUAAGCACAACAUUGAGAUGAAGUGGGAUCCCAUGGUCUUAGACGUCUUGGCUGAUGGCUAUAAUGUUUACUAUGGGGCACGUUCAAUCAAACAUGAGGUUGAACGCCGCUUGGUUAAUCAGCUUGCCCUGGCCUAUGAAAGUGGCCUUGUGACGCCUGGCUGCACAGUAUACAUUUACACAGAUAUACCUUCCACUGAAGAAGAAAAAGCCAAGCUACAGGAUUCCCCAGCGCCCAUCAAAAUACGUGUUAGGUCAAAGGACGCAGACAAUUUCACAGAAGUAGACCCGAACUCAGCUUUGAAAGCACAAGCUAAAUAGAAGUAACAUUUGGAAAUCAUAGGAGCUAGGGAAAACAUUGUGUUAAAUUUUCUUAUAUGUCUUUUAUUGCUGAAAUUAUAUUUACUAGAAUCUUUUCUUCUGGUACUACAAACUACACUGAGAAAUAACUUGAUUUUCAUGUCAUGCAUUUAGUAAUUUAUUAUAUUGGUAAUUUUUUCAAUAGGAUUGUAAAUAGUAAAGUAUUAUGUAAAUAUUUAUGUUUUUUCAAUGUGUAUACUGUAUAUAAAAGAGAUAAAUAUUGACCAAUAAGAAUUGUAACAAACAAGUAACUUUUAUGUGAUUUUACUGCAAAUGCAAAUUAUA